AUGGAUGUACGAAAGCUCUUCUGGUGUCGUAAAGCAUUCCUGAUGUUUUUUUUUAGAUCCGACGUUAACACAUCUAUAACCCAGGCUACACGCUUACAACAGCUAUUUAAACUCUGCCGAGCCCGCCUGUUUGUUUGCACACCGCAGAUAUCAAAAACGAAGUCAGCUGUCACCAGCAGAUGGGUGAAUUUGGUCCGAAGAGCUCUUACUGUGAAGAUUAUUUUGUCAUCUCUUGGAUCGUUACCUAUUAUAAUUAUUGGGGCCAUUCAUGAGCGGAAUCUCAUGAACUUAAUCCUCAUUUGGAUAUGUUUCAAGUCAAGAAUGAUACCACAGAGUCAUGUGCAGCAAGCACUAGUGAAAACUGGAAGGAAGACAGCAGAAAUUGAAGACGUUCCUGAACGCAGACAAUUUUGCAAAUGGCCGUGCAAAUGUCCACGCAAACCUUUAUGUUUACCUGGAGUGAGUCUGGUUACGGAUGGCUGUGGAUGUUGCAAAACCUGUGCAAAACAAUUUGGGGAGCUCUGCACUGAAGCUGACACCUGUGACCCUCACAAGAACCUGUACUGUGACUAUUCUGGUGAUAAACCUAAAUAUGAAUUUGGAGUAUGUGCAUAUACAAUUGGAGUCGGAUGUGAAUCAAAUGGAAACUAUUAUAAACAUGGGCAGACCUUCCAACCAGACUGUCACUAUAAAUGCAUGUGUGUGAAUGGUGCGUUCGGAUGUACGCCCACCUGUACAAAGAAGCUGGCAGCUGGCCAGUGCAGAAAUCCCAAGGCCAUUAAGAGAUCUGAAUAUUGUUGUGAAAGGUCCAUUUGUGAUAAGACUGGAGUGAACAGCCACCAGGCUGCAAUGUAUAGAGUAAUGUCUGCUUAUAAGGCAAGGCCAAUAACAUGGCGAAAACAAUGCCCUCUUCAAACAACUCCAUGGAGCUCAUGUUCAAAAUCUUGUGGCCUAGGAAUUUCAGUCCGAGUGACAAAUGACAACAGCAAAUGUGAACUUGAAAGAGAAAAUAGAUUGUGCUUUAUUCGACCUUGCAAUCCAAGACUUCCGAAAAAUUUAAAGAAAGGCAAGAAGUGUCUACAGACAUUCAGGCCUUACAAAGCUGACAGGUUUGUUCUUUCUGGCUGCGCAAGUAGAAGAACUUACAGGCCAAUAUUCUGCGGUACAUGCUCAGAUUCCCGUUGCUGUAUUCCUAACAAAGAGAAAACUGUGAAAGUAGAAUUUAACUGCACUGGUGGAGAAAUAAUCACGUGGAAGAUGAUGUGGAUCACAUCUUGCAAAUGUCAACAGGUCUGUAUUGACUCAGAGGACAUCUUCUCAGAUUUGAGACUACUAUAG